AUGGAGGCCCACGGCGGAGGGCUCCGCCUCCUGGUCCUCGCCUUCUGCGUCGCCGGAAUCUGGUCUGCCUACAUCUACCAAGGCGUUCUGCAGGAAAACGUGUCGACGAAGCGAUUCGGUCCGAACGGUGAAAGGUUCGAGCACCUUGCGUUUCUGAACUUGGCGCAGAACGUGGUGUGUUUAAUCUGGUCGUUUAUAAUGAUUAAGAUAUGGUCUAGUGGAAGUUCUGGUGGUGCUCCUUGGUGGAGUUAUUGGAGCGCUGGAAUUACCAACACCAUUGGUCCUGCUAUGGGAAUUGAAGCUUUGAAGUAUAUUAGUUACCCUGCUCAGGUGCUGGCAAAGUCUUCCAAAAUGAUUCCAGUUAUGCUGAUGGGUACUCUGGUAUAUGGGAUAAGAUACACUUUUCCAGAAUAUAUUUGUACAUUCCUUGUUGCUGGAGGGGUAUCAACAUUUGCUCUUCUAAAGACUAGCUCAAAGACAAUCAGCAAGCUGGCACAUCCAAAUGCUCCCCUUGGAUAUGGGUUGUGUUUCCUAAACCUUGCUUUUGAUGGGUUCACAAAUGCAACUCAGGAUUCUUUGAAAGCAAGGUAUCCAAAAACAAGUGCUUGGGGUAUUAUGCUGGGCAUGAAUUUAUGGGGAACCGUAUAUAAUUUGGUUUACAUGUUCGGAUGGCCCCAGGCGAGUGGAUUUGAGGCAGUUAAAUUCUGCAAACAGUAUCCAGAGGCAGCAUGGGAUAUUUUUCUCUAUUGUUGCUGCGGUGCUGUGGGCCAAAAUUUCAUCUUCUUGACUAUAAGCCAGUUUGGCUCUUUGGCAAACACUACCAUCACUACCACUCGUAAAUUUGUUAGCAUUGUGGUAUCUUCUGUAUUGAGUGGAAAUCCCCUCUCAACAAAGCAAUGGGGGUGUGUUUUUAUGGUGUUCUCAGGAUUGUCUUAUCAGAUCUAUCUCAAGUGGGAGAAGUUGCAGAGAUUGCAGAAGAAAAGAAAAGCCAUGUGA